CGGUCUUUUUUUUUCUCUGAAAUUUUUUUUUGAAACCUUUUUUACACUUGCUUCUUUCUUUUUUACUUUAAAUUUCAUAAAAUGGGAGACAGACCUGCCAGUCCUAUGGAUGCUUAUGACAGCAGACCUUCGGAUCGCGGUGACAUGGACCGUCACAGCCGUUCCAGAAGUAGAUCACCUAAAUACGAACGUCGCUCUGCUAGUCGUUCCCGUUCUCCUCCUCGUCGCUAUUCUCCUGAUAGACGUCCCAGAAACCGCUCGCGUUCUCGUUCUCGUUCUCGCUCUCCCUCUCGAAGCAGGGAUCAAAGAAGUAGCAGAAGACGAAGGUAUAUAUAACAAGACACUUGACACUACAAGGAUGAAACUCAAAUUUGCCUGUAAUUAUGUGUAGCGUAUCUCCUCGUCGUCGUAGCCGUAGCCCACGUUACCGCCGUCGUUCUCCCGCUCGCAGAGAGUACGUAGCUUGUGUGAAUAUGUUUGACAGUUUAUACUAAUUUUUUCUUCUUUUCAGAAACAAGGAAUUCCAUGGAACUAGAGAGGCACCUGAAAUGUCAAACAUCUUGGGCGUUUUUGGUUUAAGCUUGAGAACUAGAGAGGAGGACUUGGAGGAUGAAUUCCGUAAAUUUGGUGCCAUUGAAAAAGUUACUAUUGUUUAUGAUCACAGGGUAAGAAAAGAAGAGCUUACUUUUUCUUUGGCCAGAUGAUUAAUGUAU